GGGGAAAGAAGAUGGUGGAGUUAGCCGUAAGAGAAGAACGGGGGACAAAAAUGAGACAAGCAACAUUUAAUUGGGACGUCUGUUAUGAUACCGAGCUGUGGAGGUCACGAGGUCGAGGUCAAGUCUGAGGGUAGAGACAUUAGUAGUCCUUAUUCUAUCUCGUCUACCACUGAAUAAUAAAAGGACACGAAUUUUGCAACCUGUGGAGAGCUAGAGAGAGAGAGAGAGAGAGAGAGAGAGAGAGAGAGAGAGUAUCAACAGAUGGUCGGAAAAGUUCGCUAUUAUUGUGCUGUGCCUGCAUGCAUGAGCCACCGAGUCCAUCCUUGCGCGUGUUUCCCCGACUACCAGCCGCGUGCAUUGGAAAGGUAUGUAAUUCUGGUAAAUCACUCUCUUCUCGUCAAAGGCUAUGCUUCAAGUUCAUGGUUCACCCUUUUGGUGGUCUUUAUGCUCUUCCUAAUAGUAUUGAUGAAGUGGAAUCAUUGCCAAAAUGCCAAGAUGUCAGACGCCACGUGAGAAUAUCAACAAGGAGAAUAUAGCUAGAUAGUCUAAAUCGGAAGACCGAACUCUUCGGAAAUCUUACGCACUUGCUUCGAUCUUCAGUCGAGACAGACUAGACAGUUCAGAGAGACAACAAAACAUCAUUGGUCGUCAUCUUCGCGAAGUGUGACUGUUAAACAUAAGGACAUGAAGAGGAUUUCAAGAAAAGCUUUAAUGAGAUGACGAGACUGUCUCUUGGAACACAGUAUACAUGCUAUUGGAUGUAUAUUAUUCUGGAUAAGAUCUGAAAAUGUGAUUAUUCCAUCGUUUCUUUGAAUAUUCAGAAGUUCUGUGAGGAGUGUUUUCUUGUUGACCCUGCCAUCUAAUUUUUCAAUCUUAGCACACGAGGAGUAUGCAUCGUGUUAUCCUUGACCUGAAAUCGAUCGCAAUUCCAUCUUUGUUUUUAAUGAAAUUCUAAAAAGCGCGGGGAAAAACUUCAAUAAAUGCUACAAUCUCGCUUCGGCAACAAUCACUACGAUAACUUCUUGAUUUCAUCACGAUUAAUAAUUAUCAUCACCAUUGCAUGCAUUUCAAAUUCCGUCAUGAUUUCGGAGUAAAAAAAGUGAGCAAAAUCAAAUCUGGUUGUGUUUGCAAUAUCAUCACACAAUUUCAACGAUUUCUUUAGGAGUGGGUAUAUAAUACGAUUACGAGGAUGAACGAUACUACAGAUAUAUAGGCUUAUGUAUUCUGAGAGAGUACUAUAUUAGUAGUGUUGAAUACUGUGAUUCAGUAAACCCUCUUCGUUUUCGGUAUUUUCCCAAGGUUUUGGAAGGCACGAGAGUUCGUCCUAACUUCUCACUCUCAGUAAUUAUCGACUCUGCUUAGGAGAGAUUGGAAUAUCUGUUCUUAUUGGUGAAUAGAGUUAUUGGUGGAGAAACCUGCAGGAAUUGCAGAGAGAGAUUAAAAACCUAUUACAAAAAGAAAGGACCAACUGUUGACAAUAAAGAUGACUUCGUUAAAACGAUGGUGGUUGUUUUCUGUACUACUACUUUUCUGUGUCAUCGCGGGGUCAUCGGCUAGAAGGAAACAGAAACAGACCAGACCGAGCCCAGCAAUAGUUGAUGACCCAACAGAUUUAUGCCAACUUACCUGCGAUAGAAAUGAGCAUUUGAACACGUCUUUAUGCAGGUGUGAAUGUGAUGAGGGAUACAAACGCUCCACGUAUCAAAGAUGCGAAGAUAUUAAUGAAUGCAGAGAGAAUCCUAGACGCUGUAAAGGAACAUGCACCAAUAAUCAAGGUUCUUUUGAAUGUCGAUGUCGGCAUGGAUACGUACUUCAUACCAACGGCUGGGAUUGUUAUAAAGCUCCCUUAGCAUUAUUAUGUGCAGGUUUAGCUUGUUAUGAUAGCUCCAGACUCAAUGCAAACGGGUGCGAGUGUGACUGCGGCUAUGGGAUGCGUUACAAUUUCGUCACAGAAGUUUGCGAAGAUAUCAAUGAAUGUGAUGAAGGUCUUCAUAGCUGCGGGCAAGGAUGUAUCAACACCUAUAGGAGUCAUAUAUGUUACUGUCACGACGAGUUUUUGAUUAACUCAGACAACAGAACAUGCUCUCGACUCCCCGCUAAACCAGAUUCGCUGCCUUGUGAUGGCAUGAAAUGUUUGUUCGGAAUAUCCCUGGACAGAUACCACUGUGAAUGCAUAUGUGAAGAAGGUUUUUACUUCCAUGAACGGAGAGGAACUUGCGAAGAUAUCGAUGAAUGUCGAGAAUACGAGGAGUGGUGUGAACAUGAAUGCGUGAAUGAACCCCAUGGUUCCUACACAUGUUCAUGCCCAAGCGGCCAAGAACUGGAUAAAGAUGGAUGGACCUGUAAUGAUAUACGACCACCACCCGAGGAUGCCAUUCUUGACGACUGUACGGACCAGCACUUCAUGUGUAAGAGCAGAAUGCAAUGUAUGCCGGACGAACUGGUGUGCGAUGGGUACGGUGAUUGCGGCGAUCGCUCGGAUGAGAAUAACUGUAAAGAAUCAUGCAAUUCCCAGGAUUUCCCCUGUGCCAACGGAGAGAAAUGCAUUCACAAAGAUUCAGCCUGCGAUUCAACUAACGACUGUGGUGAUUGGUCAGACGAGCUGGAAUGUGGAUGCCAAGAUGAGAGGGACGAAUGCAGUGCUUGGCAAUUCCGAGGCGAGUGUGAAAGCAACCCCGGCUGGAUGAACUGGCAUUGUCGUAUGAGCUGUGGACAAUGUACAGAGGGAGAUGGAACGCCUAAUGGAACGCUGUCGGAAGAAACAGAGACGGGAGCUUACUUCAUCAGAAAUUCAGCAAAAUAUUCUACGUAUCUGCAGUAUACGAGGCGUAAUAAGGGCGACCGACCUGGGUCAGCACUCAAUUCAUGGCGAUGUGACAGCGUGGGUCCAGUACCCGCUCAUGUUAGGGUCAACAUGGGUUUAAGCCCUUUUUAUCAGAAGUACACCAACGCUUACGCAAUCCCAAUCAUUGCAUCGGAACGAGUAUCUGACGAAGCUAUCAAACGAGCCUGUUACGUCGUGCGCGUCAUGUUGGCAGAUCGGAGGGACCUCAGGCAAGAGAUGUACAAGAAAUACAUGCGCGUCGCCAUCUUAGCAGAGAACGAACUCACGAUCCAUGUUCCUGAACAUUCACAUCUGGAUGAGAGCUACAACGAACGUAUUCGAUCCAUAGGAGGUACGUUAUACAUCCCCCUGGCGUCAGCUGCCGAGGAGAAUCUCAUGUGUCGUGACGGUGACCGGUGGAUUGACGAGGAUACCUUCGUCCAUUCCUUCGCCCAUAGUAUCCUCAAGAUCGGCCUUGCGUCAGACAGGGUGUUCAGCCGUAAGCUAGGAGCUGCGUACUACCAUGCACGCAGGGAACAGCUCUGGUCUAAUUCACGCUCCGACGACUCAAUGGAUGAGUAUUUCGCUGACGGCGUUCAGAGUUUCUUCAACGUGUUGGCACCGUACCGAUACGGGGUUCAUACCGGCGUGGACAGAAGGGAGAAAUUAGCGAGAUAUGAUCACACCUUAUACAAGGUCAUGUUAGAAGUGUUUCCCUGCCAAAAUAAGAUGAUUGGUCGCUGUAGUUUUAAUCCAGAUACUUUGGCGGAAAGGGAUCAACUGUUUGUGAAUUGCAAUCCAGAAGAGAAUGAAGAACCGGAAGCAACUGAAGCGCCGACAACGGCGGCUCCGCAAGUCGAGUGCGUGGAUAAAAACCAAGACUGUGCCCCUUGGGCGGAGAGUGGCGAAUGUACGGCCAACAAACGCUACAUGAGAAAGAAUUGUGCGCUUAGCUGUGGAGUUUGUACCAUCCGGGUACCUGACCCGGAACCAGAGGUAGUGGAUGUACCUCAAGAACCGGAUCCUCCAACCCACCCCAUCGAUGUGCCCCAGAGAGUUUGCGAGGAUAACGAGGGACAUUGUCAAGACUGGGCCAGACGCGGAGAAUGUGAGAUCAACCCGACCUGGAUGCGUCCUAACUGUAGAAGAUCAUGCAAUGCGUGUGAUGAUGACCCUGAUUGUUACGACAGCAGCAACAACUGUGAAGAAUGGGCCACCGACGGAGAAUGUGGUAAGAAUGUGAGCUACAUGGAGACCCAUUGCAGAAUGAGCUGCGGUCUAUGCUAAAGCAGCUUCAUUUCCGACGA